GUGCCGGUGGCCGGGCGCCGCGAGACCGCGGGGACCGGGGCGAGCGGAGGCCGGACCCGCCCAGCGGCGCGGCGGGAGCCCGACGCCUGGUUCCUGCAGCGGCAUCCGCCCAGGAGCGCGGCGGCGAGGGAGGACGCGCCCGCCCCGGGCUCCCGAGUCGGUGCCCCCGAGCCCGGCCUCCGAGCCUCGGCACCGGGCGCCCCACUCCUCCGGCUCCGCGCACCGCAGACUCAGGGGCGGCCCGAGCGCCCCUCUGGUUCCCGCGCUUCCGCCGAGCCCCCGUCCCAGCCCCGCCCGAGCGUCCCUCUGCUCCUCUUCUUGGGGGAUCCCCUCCCCCUUCGUCCCCGAGGCUGCAGGAUGGUGUCCUGGAUGAUCUGUCGCCUGGUGGUGCUGGUGUUUGGGAUGCUAUACCCAGCUUAUGCUUCCUACAAGGCUGUGAAGACCAAGAACAUUCGUGAAUAUGUCCGAUGGAUGAUGUACUGGAUAGUCUUUGCACUAUUCAUGGCGGUGGAGACCUUCACAGACAUCUUUAUUUCCUGGUUCCCUUUCUACUAUGAGAUCAAGAUGGCCUUUGUGCUGUGGCUGCUCUCACCUUACACCAAAGGGGCCAGCCUGCUUUACCGAAAGUUUGUCCACCCGUCCUUGUCCCGUCAUGAGAAGGAGAUUGACACCUGCAUCGUGCAGGCCAAGGAGCGCAGUUAUGAGACGAUGCUCAGCUUUGGGAAGCGGGGCCUCAACAUUGCUGCUUCGGCCGCUGUACAGGCUGCCACCAAGAGUCAGGGGGCACUGGCCGGAAGGCUACGAAGCUUCUCCAUGCAGGACCUGCGCUCUAUUCCUGAUGCCCCUGCCCCUGCCUACCAGGAUCCCCUCUACCUGGAGGACCAAGUACCUCUUCGCAGGCGACCCAUCGGGUACCGGGCAGGGGGGCUGCAGGACAGCGACACCGAAGAUGAAUGCUGGUCGGAUACAGAGGCAGUCCCCCAGCCACCUGCCCGGCCCCGAGAGAAGCCUCUCAACCGCAGCCAGAGCCUGCGUGUGGUCAAGAGGAAGCCGCCCGUGCGGGAGGGUACCUCGCGCUCCCUGAAGGUUCGGACAAGGAAAAAGACCAUUUCUUCAGACAUGAAUGGCUAGGAUCUGCAGAGCCUGGCCGAGUCUUACGUCUUGCCUUAUGGGGUACCAGGGACUGCUUGGAGGGGGCGACUGGGUGCACAUCUGACCUGCCUACACCAGCUGCUCAGGCUGUGUCCUCCUGGCUCCUGCUCUCGGUUAGGGGCUGGGGCGGUGCACAGGGAUAUACCUGUGAUGAACCAAAGCAGGCUGGGCCCAUGAUUCUAUUUAUUGCCUUUCUCAUCCUUAUACCCUCUUGGGUGUGUGGGACCAGAGCCCUUCCCAGACCUCUGCAAGUGAAGCCAAAAGUCCACCCAGCUGUGUUCAUUCCUUCCUGUCCUUCAAAGUACUUGACAGCCUCCUCUAAGGCCCCGUGUGUGUAUAUGUGUGUGUGUGUGCGCGCGCACGUGCGCGUGUUCCCUGGUUGUGUUUUGUGUUGGUGAAUGAGGUCAGGUUUAUGCACAUUUUGGUAAAUAAACAUAUAAAAGUGU